UGGCAAUCUCACAUCAGCAUGCCAAGCGACGGUGCGUGUGGGCGCUACCACCGCUACAAGGCGACGACCAACGCCGUCUUCGAGUGGCUCCACCGAGCGACCAAGCCCAAGACUAAGAACGCCAAGCGCAAGGUCAAGAAGCACGGCGCGCGGUCGGCCGACGUCACCGAGUGGUCGGUCUCGCAGAUCUACGCCGCUGCGCUCGAGGUCGUCGAGGCUGCCUUGCCCGUGCCCGCUGCCAUCCUGCGCAAGCUCGGGACAGCCAUCCGCCUGCGCCACCAGUACUCUCUCAAAAUGGCUCCCGACGCCGGCCAUACGCAUGUCCUCAACACGCUUCGCGCGAUCGAGGUCCAGUGGACGCCGCUGGUGCCCAUCAAGACGCCCGCUCCGGUCAAGACGCCCACUUCCGUCGAUGCAACUAGCGGUGAGAUCAACUUGGCCAACGCCUUUGAGGCCCUCGCCACCGACGACGCCGAUGACGACGCCGACGUGUGGGCGGAGACGCCGAUGCCGCCGUUCGACAUGACGACCUUUGUCGCGCCGGUCAUGCACAUGCUUCAUUCUUGA